GCAUCGCUGCUGAUACAAGAUACAUUCGUUAUUAUGGCGUUCAGAGAUAAAGUCGUUUUAGUCACCGGAGGCAAUUCGGGUAUCGGCAAAGCCAUAGCCAUACAUUUCUCUAAAGAAAAAGCUAAAGUAGUCAUCAUUGGUCGUACUAAAGCGACUAUAGAUGCAGUGAAGGAUAUUUGUACGGCGAACAGUGGGAAUGAAGCUAUGGGGAUACAAGCGGACAUCAGCAAAGAUGCUGAUGUUGAAAUGAUUGUUAAUAAAGUCACUGAAACGUAUGGAAGGCUUGAUGUGCUAGUGAACAAUGCUGGGGUAUUUAUCACUGAUAACAUCUUUACGGCUACUAUGGAAAAUUUCGACGCGCAUAUAAAUACGAAUCUGAGAGGGAAUUUUAACCUGACGAGGCUGUUUGUGCCACUUCUUAUCAAGGCACAGGGUAAUGUCAUCAACAUAUCCGGCGCGGAAGCGGUCAAGUACGUGGAAGGGCUGCUGACUGAGAGCCUGUCAAAGGCGGCGGCACAGCUUUUGACAAAGUAUGUCGCUUACGAACUGGGGCCAAAGAAAGUUCGCUGUAACUCUGUAGCUCUAGGCUAUGUCACGGGCACGAAGAUUUUAGAGAGAGCGAAUAUGGAUCCCAAGGAGUUCGGUAGAGAGUUUCUUCCGCUCGUGCCUCUAGGAGAGGUCAUCGAACCAGAGGACGUGGCGAACACAGUAGCUUUCAUUGCUAGCGAUGCUGCCCGACAUAUCACUGGACAGAACAUAAUUGUGGAUGGAGGCUUUUGCUGUUGAUAAUUUCGUCUCGUCU